AUGACAGGCACUUUUCUUUCUAAACUGGACGUUGCUUUGCAAGCAUUGAACCCUUUGUCCAACGGGAAGAGUAAAAGCAUUGUAAAUUUGCAUAUUUCAGAUCAAACGAAAGAUAGAGAUCCAUCUUUGGUAAAUGGAGACUACUCCAAUACUUUAUUGUUGUCUAAUGGUGAUCAUCUAGCGUAUUUUUUCUCAAACGACUAUACUGUGCUUUCACUUUAUCCAUUAAGCGAUGCGAUCACAGGGAAAACACUGAUUAUACAUUUGCCUCAUAGUCCUUUCAAUCAACACUAUACCUUUACGAUCCAUGAAGUAAAUCAGGAAAUUGUUAUAGGCUUGAUUUUGAAGACCGGGUUGUUCUUAAACUUUCAGUUUUCGUUGGAUUAUGUUUUAAACAGAAUUACAUCUAUUCCAAAGAAAUGGUAUACAGUCCUAAAUCCAUACGAUUUCACUGUAAGGGUUCCUAACUACUUGUACAGGGCAGAUGAAAACUUAUCAAUUGUGUUUUUAAGAGAUGGAGGACUUUUGGGUUUACAAAAGGUUAAUGUUAACGAGUCAGGGGAUUAUGAUCUUCAUCCAGUUCUCUUCAAUGAUAACAGUUAUUUCCAAAGUUUUACCAAAUUUUUUAGUAAAUCCGACAAUAGCGACCUUGUUGUGAACUGUAUUAUUUAUCAGGAGAGGUUUUUGGUAACGUUAACUGAGAACUGUAAAAUAAGAGUCUGGGACCUAAGGGCAAGAUCAAUAGUUAUGCAAUUGGACUUGAUUAACGAUGCUCAAAAUAAACAUAGAAAAUAUGAUUCAAUGGGACCGUACCUAUCUUUAUUGGGGGAUCUAUUAAUGGUAUUUUUGCCCGUUGGAAAUGGCGCGUUCCAACUAUUUGAAUUAGGAAUUGAUUCAGGUGGACUAAUAGCAGUGACUACAAAAACUAAGCACCCAGUCCCAACAAAUCUAUUGGCAUCUUCUAUCUGGUCAUUGGUUGAUAUCAAGUUGGUUAAACCACUAGAACUUGGCUUGGAAUCAAGUUCAAUUCAGCUUGUAGUACUCUUAAAAAGUAACACAAGUAUCAAGUUGCAGAUUCUCAACUUCAUAGAUGAUUCCCUAAACAACUAUGAGUGGAUAGAAACCUCAAAUAAGUCACUUCAAGAUCUCUUGAAGGAGCAAGACUUGUUAACUGACGGUCACACAAAUAAGGCUUUACUGAACUUACAAUCGCACUACACACCGGCACUAUACAAUAAUGCCCAGCAAAUGUUGAGUGCAAAUGGAAUAAUAUUUUCAGCUGAUCAGCCCAAUAAUCAAGAAUAUCUAACCAAUUUGGAGUCUAUUUUGAAGGAUUUGAAAAAACACUAUGAUGAACCAUCCUCGUUAAGUCUAUAUCAAGGCGAGAUUAUUGUCGUCAACACUUUGCAUUUAUACAACCACUCAGUUUACAAAAUUAACUCCAACCUUGAAUCAAUUUACUAUGAUUUGGCAGAUGAGACUUCACUUAACACCAAUAGCGAUCAAUUGUCUACGUUUUUGGAAGUUGUUGACGGGUUUGUAUCUACGAUCUCCUUUGAUAUCGUGCAAAAAAUUGGCGAUCAAUUGCGAGGAAUUAUGGUUCACGAGUUUGAUGAUAAGAUGCCGUUAAAAGAUAAGUUCACAGCAAUAUUUAGGAAUUGCCUUGAACAUCAAUUCCAAGCUUCUAACCUAAAGAAAUUGUUUUCGGAAUUGACCUCUUUGGAUGUUGUAAGCAUUCUAAACAAUUUGAUACAAAAUCAUCUCAUUGCAAGCCAAGGUAGUUCACCCUUUAUUGAUUCUGUGGAUUUUAAUAACUUUGUCAGCGUUACCAUCUUAGAAAGCGUCCACCAAAGGAUUUUGAUUGAAAAUAAAUUUAUCACAGACAUUUUGUUGAUAUUUACUUUGUUGGAUUUUGACUACACAAUAUUUGAUAAACAGCUUCAUUUUCUGCUGAAAACUCAUUACAAUCAUUCAUUGUGGUUGCACCUCUAUAACUUGGACAAAUCGAUACUAGUUUCCGAAAUAUUUGCUGCAACAAGUAAAUAUGGCUAUGGGUCUAUUAUCUCAAACUACUCAGAUCUUUUACAUUACACCAAUCGGAUUCUCAACUAUAUAUCAGACUUACCGGUUGACCGUAAUCCGUUGUUAAUCGCAUCCUACAAAAAGUGGAUUAUUAAUCCGAAGGGCGGAAAUGGUUUGAAUAACAGAAAUUCCUCUUUGUUUUUGGAAACGCUGCAUUCUAAUUUUUACAUCAGAGACGACCCUGUGCAUCAAUUUAUGAUUGGUCUGUCAUAUUACCAAUGCGGGUAUUAUGAGGAUAGUUAUAUAUUUUUGUCCAAACUGGGGGAUAUGGAUCUUGAAAGAUUACCUCCUUGUUUGCAGUUAUUAGUGAAUGAGCCUCAACACCCUUGGCACAACCUCCUUACAAGUUUGCAGGAGAAAAACAAGGCCUCUGCUUAUUACUACCAGUUAUCAAAAUUAUUCAGUGACGUAAUGAGCUAUUCACAUGCUCUCAAAGCAAUUAAAAGGUCCAUUAAUUUGAGCGGAGAACAGCAACUCUCAGAGGAUUUCAAGAUGAUGCAGCUCACACAGUAUGUGGAUACCUUAAUUAUCUUCUCUGAAUUUGAAGAGAUCUUAGAUGUGUUAACAUUGGAACAAUCAACGCUGAACAGAGAAGUUAGGGCAAAAUACUACAGUAAAUUGCUCUCGGAUCAGAUGCAUAAAGACAAUUUUAUUGCCACUUUAUUCAGACUGUGUUCGAAAAGCCAAAACACACUAUUCCUGCCAAUGGAUGACUAUUUCAUUAUAGAUCAACUUCUACAAUCUCAGCUAGAUACAGCCUCGUGGACCACUUAUAAAAGACUUUACUGUUAUAGAAUGUUGAACCAUCAGGAAAGAGAUGCCGCGCAAAUAUUGUAUGAUUAUAUUGUGCGUGCAAAUAAUGUGGAAAUGAAAGAAAAUUGCUAUUGGUUAAUAAUUAAUGUUCUUUCUAGUUUUUCAGAUCCCAAGGACCAGUGGAUAAUUAAUAGUGCAAGCCAUGGACAAAUCUUAUAUCUCACCGACCUCAAGAGUGAGUUUAAAGCAUCAGCGUCCAAUUGA